AUGGUCAACUUGAUCGUAUUUGCUAUCCUCCUCGUAGGACUUGCUGAUCUCCCUUUGCACUGCACUAUUGAAGAUGUUCAAGGCUGGUGGCAGUUGUAUCUACUGAAAGGCCCUGUACCAAGCUGGAAUGGUAAGGAAGAGCAGGACAGCUUCUGUGGGUAUACUCCCAUCAAUAGCAACGAGGCCAACAUAGCCCGUGGCAAUCAGAUACAACAGCUCAUGGAUGCAUCAGCGCUGAGUGGUCUCGAUGGACUAACGUCACACACUACUGAGAGGAUACUGAAUAUGACUCUGUCAUCGAGCCCUGUCGUCGACUUGAAUCUCUCAAUGGACCAGGAUGUCAGUGGUGAUGGUGUGCUUCGGGACCAUCAUCUGAAGGUAUUGGAUAUUAGCGGUGCAUACAGAGGCAGCUGGUCUGUCGGCUACGAUGAGGGUCUCGUGCUGAAGAACCUAGUCCUGAACAACAGCGCGGUGCCGCGGCACUUGGUGGCCUUCUUCCGCUAUCGCUGCCUCUCUGGGAGUAGCCAUUGUGGGGACUAUGCAGACUUUGAAGAUGAGUUCGGCACCACUCAGGGCUAUGAGUCGCUAUGUGGUCAGACUCUGAUAGGAUGGUGGAGCUCGCGUAGCGGAGCGAAGCAAGGAUGCUUUUGGAUGAGAAAGAAGAGUGAUGAGGAAGCGAAUAAAGUCCAUAGUGUGGCAGUCCUACCAGGGUCUAUGACACCGUCUGCAUUCAUAACCCUGAGGGGGAGAAGGCGGAAGGCUAGCAUUACCCGCUACUCUCUGAACAACGGUUGUGUCGGUCUGACCUUGGACGCAUUUCUCUUCAGGGCUCGUGCAAUUGCUCUGAUGACGAGGAGUGGUAGUAGUGGUCUAUUAGAUGACAUCAAUGUAGAUGAGGACACCGAGGGGUAUGCUAGGUUCAAGGGCAGGUAUCAUGUCUUAGCUGAUGGCGCGUAUACAGAGGACAGCUACGCCGAGGAGGCACCCACCAAAUACCCUCCACAGCCUAUAGACGAGGCCUGUAUGAGUACUAAUAGCAUUGAGGAUGCCGACCUCGUGGCGUCCCUGCCAAAAGCGUAUGAUUUCCGUGAUGAAGUUCCGCAUUUUGGAAAUCUAGAGUCUCAGCAGAUGCUAUGUGGCAGCUGCUAUGCGAUAGGUGCGGUGUCGGCCCUUCAAACUGCCAUUGCUCGGCAGUUCCAACUUCUUGGGAUGGACCUGCCCGACGACUGGGGUCUGUCCGUCCAGGGGGCUUUAUCGUGCGGUUAUGCUUCUCAAGGAUGCAACGGUGGAUUUCCUGGUAUCAUGGCAUUCGACCUGACUGUCCAGGGUGUACCUCGAGCUUCCUGCAUGCCGUAUCAGGGGACUCCCGAAGCUUGUGACCGAUCAUGCUAUAGAGAUUCCACCAAAUUGUGGUAUGCCAAGGAUUUCGCAUACGUUGGGGGCUUCUACGGUCGUUGUAGUGAGGCCCAGAUGAGGCAGCAUAUAAUGCAGCAAGGACCGGUCUCGGUGGCUGUGAAUGCACAGAGCGACCUGCUCCCCAGACCACCUCACAAUAUCACAGGCUUGGAUGCUGGGGUACCCUAUGGGACGGAGCACACAGUAAGGGUGAAGGCCACACGCCUAUUGCCCUCUCCUGGGAAGGAUGUGUUGGGUGCUCAUCUCCUUGUGGACACCAGCGGCUUCCGUACGAUUACGCCCUCUAGUCGAGAUCUCAUUAUAAGGGCGGCCUUAGCGAAAGGGGUCACUUCAUGGCCUCAAGUGGCACAUGAGAUCACUCGCGUGCUCAAGUCAACCGGCCUGGGGGAGUACCAACUUCACGAACCCCAAUACCUCGGUAUCGACCAGUGGGAGUACACCAACCAUGCACUGCUGGUCGUGGGGUGGGGAUCUGAGAUGGAUCACAAGGCUGGCAAGGAGGUGGACUACUGGAUAGCGCGCAACUCCUGGGGCGCCGACUGGGGUCCCAACAAGGAUGGGUAUGUGAAGAUACUCAGGGGAGUUAACUUUGGUGGUAUAGAGAGACAGGCGGUUGCUAUAACACCAGACCCUUGUAGAGGAGCUUUCAGAGGCAAGUGGCGACUGUAUUUCUUGAAGGGCCCAGUGCCUGACUGGAGGGCUGAUACUGGCGGCAACUUUUGCGGAUAUACAGCUAUUAAUUCUAACAAAGGCAAUCUGGCUGUGGGCCAGAAGAUCGAUGAACUUAUGCGGCGGGAAAGACCGACUAGUGAGGACUUUAAUGAGAUCCUUGGCAUGUCCGUCGAUGGGGAGCCAAUAGAGAUUGAACUGUCCCUAUCACAGAAGAUGGAAGACGUUUAUGGGGAGAAGGAUGCUCACCACUUGAUGGUGAUGGAUGCGGAUGAUAGCACACUGGAGUUGGGGCAUUGGACCAUGGGCUACGACGAGUUUAUAGUACUUGAUAACUUCAACCAUCCUAGAUCUAACGACAUCCCGAGGAAGAUAGAUUUGUUCGUUCACUACCGGUGUACAGGGGAGAGGGAAUGCGGUGGAGUUGAAGACGCUGAGUCGCCGGAUGGUACAACAGAGGGAUAUGUUUCCUACUGCGGCCGAACGCUUGUUGGCUUCUGGUCCGCGAUUGACGGGUCUAAGCAGGGCUGUGCUUGGGCGAGGAAAGUCGACGCAGAGGAGGCCAAUAAGGUACACAGCUUGGCAGUGUCUCAUAGGGAGGGCGGCUCUGGGCAUGCGACUAAGAUAUUAGCACCGGAGUUCGCUGUAAUGGAGCCUAUGAGGGACGUGGGGGAGGUCCAGCCUCAUGUGAAGGGGGUCGAGAGCCAACGACAACUGGGCUAUACAGGAAUGAAGGGGAAACGGGACCAUUACGGAGAUUACGGCAGUCCAGUGAGGAGCCAAGGUCCCUGUGGGGGGUGCUAUGCUAUGGCUAUUGCGGCUGCUGUACAAGGCGCUAUAUACAAGGACUUCAAGGCGAUGGGAAUCCCCAUACCAGAUGACUUUGAACUUUCUCCUCAAGGAAUUAUUUCGUGUAGCUAUACUGCUCAAGCCUGCAAUGGAGGGUUCCCUGGUUCAGUCGGUUUCGACCUACUCGUAACGGGUAUAACAACAGAGCGAUGCAUGCCAUACGUGUCCGGCGAUGGUAGAUGCAAAGCCGAGUGUUUCAAUGAUGAGACGAAAGUGUGGUAUGUCAAAGAAGGCACCUAUAAAGGGGGAUUCUAUGGUCGUUGUAGCAUGGCGAGGAUGAUGCAGCAUGUCUAUGUGCAUGGACCGAUGCAAGUGGCGAUAGAGGCCCCUAAUGGUCUCAACCCCACACUCUUUAAUGAUGUUGAAAUUUAUGUGGCUAAUGCCCCUAAGGGCUUCAUGGAAGUGCUCAACCAUGUUCCUCUGCGAGAUCAUAAUGUACUCCUCACUGAAAAGGACGAGGCUCUGCUACGGCAUCUGAGCGUGGCACCAGGCAAGCAGCCAGAGGCGGACGGGGACGUACACUUGCGUAUACACGGCUCCUUCGAAGCCGAUAAGGAGACUCUCACCGAAUCGUUGGAGUCUCUCCUCACGAAGUUCGGUAGAGGCUUCCGGAUAGCAAAGGUUGAGGCCAUUGGUUAUGACCAUUGGGGCUACACUAACCAUGCUCUGACCAUUGUGGGUUGGGGAACUGAGACUGAUUCCAACACAGGGGAGGAACUGCCUUACUGGCUGGCUAGAAACUCCUGGGGUCCCAACUGGGGCCCGUUUGGAGACGGUCAUCUCAAACUGGAGCGUGGUGUUAACCUUGGGGGCGUGGAGGCUCAAGCGAUGUCGUUCCUUCCGGACCCUUGUCGAGGAAGCUACCGAUAUUAUGUGGACAUUUACAUCGCCGCAGCUUCUUGCAGUCGUUUGCCCAUGUUCAUUCGCCAAUCGGGUUUCCGAUAUGUACAGAGGCAGAUCAGGAUGUAUAGGUGGAACCGGCUAACGGCCAACAUGUUGCUCACCGGCAGCCGUUCUGAGGCUGGAUCUUCGAUGGCCUUGGUUAUUUGUGGUGCUGGUAUUGGAGGCUUCUCUCUCGCGUCUCACGCGGUGGUAUCCCCUAAUGAUUAUGGGACCUCCUGUGGAUGGCUUGGCGGCAGUAGUAAGAGCAACGAAGAGGAUGAGAUGGUGGACGAGAAGGAUGUCUUGAGUGACAUUGAAUCCAAUAAGGCUUUCACCAUGGGGAGCGGUGGAGGGUGUAGUAUUGUGGCUAAGUUGGGUGAUAGCCAGCAGCACCAGCAGGAGACAGUAACGGCUGAUUCAACGCCUUCUACGGCAUCGGGUGGUUAUGGAGAGGAGGAUGCUGUAUGGGGCGAGCUUAUGGAGGGUGCAGGGGCCUCAGCUGAUGCUAGGAUUAGACCAAAUGACCUGCAUUUGGCUGCCUUCAGGGGCGAUGUAGUCGAAGUGAAGGCUUUGAUCAGCACUAAGGAGCAUCAGAUCAACCAAGCGGAUAGUGAAGGCAUGACACCAUUGAUGGUGGCUGUUAAACAGGGCCAUUUGGCUGUUGCUGAGCUGCUCUUGCCGCUCAGUGAUGUCCAUGCUACUGAUAAGGAGGAAUGGACAACUCUGCAUUGGGCGUGCGAAGUUGGAAGGUUGACAUUCGUUGAGAAGCUCUGUGAGGAGCAUUCGGAGCUGUUGGCUAUGAAGGAUAAGAGGGGUCUCUCUCCCCUGCAUAUUGCUUGUUGGCAAGGGAACGAGGAGUUGGCUAAGAUCUUGUUGGAGAAUAAGGCUGACAUGAAAGCCUUGACCAAAUGGGGCGAAACGCCUUUACACCACGCGGCAUUCUUUGGCCACGUUGAGGUGUGUCGACUCCUAUUGGACCACGGGGCGGAUCCUCUAGUGAAGGAUAGACUGCGUCGUUCGGCUAAGUCGUUGGCAAGUGGCAAGGCAGCCAAGGCGGAACUACGAGAUCUGUUCCGCGAGGCUGUUGCUCUGAACUCGUCCUCCACGGCCUCCCUCAAUGAGUGA